CCUCAAGUUUCCGUUUCCUCAGUUCAGUCACACACAUGGCUUCUGUGUGUCAGGAAGGAAUACCGGGGGUGCCAGACGGCUGCGAGCAUUAUUCGCGGGGCUGCUUGCUCAGGGCUCCUUGCUGUGGUAAGUUUUAUACCUGUCGCCUCUGCCAUGACAGCAAAGAAACUCAUAAGAUGGAUCGAUUUAAAGUAACUCAAGUUCAGUGUGUAAAAUGCAAAUUCAUUCAGAAUGCCCAAAAGACAUGUGAAGGCUGUAGCAAUAUUUUUGGUGAAUAUUACUGCAACAUUUGCCACCUGUAUGACAAGUACAAGAAGCAGUACCAUUGUGAGGGGUGUGGCAUAUGCAGGAUUGGCCCAAAAGAAGAAUUCGAACACUGUACAAAAUGUAAUUUAUGUUUACCGCUGAGUCUCAAAGGAAACCACAAGUGUAUAGAAAAUGUAUCAAGGCAAGACUGCCCGAUAUGUUUAGAGGACAUACACACCUCUAGGGAAGGCGCACAUGUUCUUCCCUGCGGACAUCUCCUUCACAGUACGUGUUAUAAGGACAUGCUAAAACAAGGAUACAGGUGUCCAUUGUGCAUGCGCUCUGCACUGGACAUGACCAGGUACUGGAGGCAUCUGGAUGAGGAAGUUGCUCAAACCCCGAUGCCCACUGAGUAUCAGAAUAUGACUGUUGAGAUUCAUUGUAAUGACUGCAACACAAGAUCGACCACGUUGUUUCACAUUUUGGGAAUGAAGUGUGAGAACUGUCAAUCAUACAACACUGCACAGCAGGGAAGGACAGAAACGCAGCAAUCUGAGUGACGUCACAAACAUUAGCAUGUUUAGGUUUCAUGUAUAGAUUAAAGUGAUGGAUUGCCAGAUGAGCUAUGAUAGAACUUUAGAGGACCGCAAUUCAUAAAUCCUCAACUGGCUCCUAAUAUUUUGGAUUAUUUUAUGUAUGGCUUCUAAAAUUGUUUUGCUUGGCUCUUCAGUUUUGUAUACAAUUGUCAACUACAAUAUGAACAGUGCUUUGGCAAUAAUAUAAAUAAAAAUGCUGUGACUAUGAUAGUUCAAAUAGGAGUACAAUGAUUCCUAUCCUUUGUGAGCCUUCUGUAUAAUAAAAUAUUUAUUUAGUAAAA